ACCUCCAGUGGAAAGAAUCUGCUCUCUGAGUGCCCCUUUGGCCACUGCUGCAAACAUUUCUGGAAUAUUUUCCAUCACACAGCCUGAGUUGUUGGCGUUUAUUGUUAUUAAAUCAGCAGUAAAUCGUGAGAGUGGGCUCUGGUUUUUGUCGUGAAGCCCCCACAGCUCCUCCUCUUCCCGCUCCGGUUGUCGGUGGGCGACAGAAAGAACAAGAAUCAAGAAAAUGGGAGUCGAAAUUGAAACCAUAAGUCCGGGUGAUGGACAGACAUUUCCGAAGAAGGGGCAGCAGGUCGUUGUUCACUAUGUCGGCACGCUGACGAAUGGAAAGCAGUUUGACUCUUCCAGGAAACAUGGAAAGCCAUUCAAAUUCAAAAUUGGAUAUAAUGAAGUUAUUCGUGGAUGGGAAGAGGGAAUAGCCCAGAUGAGUGUAGGUCAGCGGGCAAAGCUGAUUUGCUCUCCAGACUUUGCCUAUGGCAGUAAAGGGCACCCAGGCGUCAUCCCACCAAAUGCCACGCUCAUCUUCGACGUGGAGCUGAUCGGCCUGGAAGCCUGAAAGUUGUGCACUCACUUGAAUUCCACUCAGAUUUUCAGGGUUGACUCCUAUCUCGGGAACAUGGAGGAAAAUGAUAACAGACGAUUCCUGCAUAGGACUUAUGUAUUAUAGCUUCAGUCAUCCACUUUCCUUUCAUUUAAAUGUAUACUAAGUAUCACUUGAUUGAAACCUGAUUCUUCUAUACCUUAGAUUCCAUACAAUAAUAAGACAGACUGACCCAUGUUUUAUCAUUCUGCUGUUUUUUUUUUUUGCAUAACUUUUGUCUUGCCAUUAGGACCCAUUUAUAAAUUGGUGUUAGAUCCAUGUCAUUCAUGUGGUUCUGUGGCCUUUGCACUACAAUGAUUGCAGGUAUUGAAUUUUUUUUCUAGGUUUUUGCUUUUGUGAUACUUAUGGGGCUAAAUUUGAAAAAUAAUAUGGAAUACCAUGUAACCAGGGCGAUUUCAUGAUCAAGCACACUUUUGCCAUAAAUACAAGCUUUGUGCAAAUGUAGGAAUUUGCUUUUGUAUUUAUACAGCAGUAUAAAUGCAUUAUGUAUGAGAGUAACCAUGUUUAUUACCCCAUACCUUUAAAAUGUUUGCUUGUAACAGUAUUUGAGGACUUGUUUGCCAAAAUGUGGUCUUGUGAGAAAACAUAGUUGAUCUCUGGGAAAACCUUUUUAAAUCUGCAUGCCAUGUUCUCCUCACCAAUUUUUGAGCACAUCAAGAAGUUUGUGAUUAUUUCAAGGAGUGUGUAACAAGCUGUGGAAGUUGUUAAAGAUCUGUUCCUUACUCUGUACACAUUAAAACCAGUAAUUUUAA